UAUGUAACCAAAUGUUGACAUUUCCCCAACACUGUCCGCAUCUGACCGAAUCCGUCAAAGUUCUCUGUGCACUGGCAGCUACAAAAUUGUAAUCCACCGAUUUGCGUAACUCCGGCAAGCUCGAUUUUCGCCGACUAUUCGUACACCCGCAGCUGGAAGCAGCAACAGCAGCAGCAGCUCGCACCAGCUCAGGUUCCGCAAGGGUAAUUGAGUCGGAUACAAAAGGAUGUUCGGACUGACGAAACAGUACCUGUGGGCUUUCAUCCCACUGACCGGGUACGGGAUCGGGUGGUUCCUGGAUAACAAGGAAACCGAACGGAUGACCAUGUUCCGCGACAAGAGUGCGCUCUACGGAAGAGUUCUGAAGGAAGGCGAGAAGCCCUCGUGGCCUUGAAUGUCAUCGUAAGGUCUGGAUAUGGACUAGUGGGAAAUAAAUAUGUUUCAUAAACAUUA